CUCCGCCGGGCCGGGCCGGGCCGCGGGGCCAUAAAGCGGCCGCGGCGGCGGGACCCGCUCCCGGUACCGGUCCCGCUUCGCUCCCGGCUCCGCCCCGCCAUGGCCGUGGCCCGGCGCAGGCUGUCCGUGGGGCUGGGGCUGGCCGGGCUGGGCUGCGCGCUCCUGGGGGGCUGCCUGCUGCUGCUGGGGCCCGUCAUCAUCCGGCAGCAGGUCAUCAAGAACGUCAGGAUCGACCCCAGCAGCAUCUCCUUCCAAAUGUGGAAAGACAUCCCUGUUCCUUUCUACUUGUCAGUGCAUUUCUUCGAGGUGCUGAACCCCAAGCAGAUCCUGCAGGGAGCCAAGCCAGUGCUGAGCCAGCGUGGGCCCUACGUGUACAGGGAGUACAGGUAUAAAACAAAUAUCACAUUCCAUGACAAUGAUACUGUUUCUUACCUGGAGUACCGGAACCUUUUCUUCCAGCCACACUUGUCCAAUGGCACGGAAGACGAGUACAUUGUUGUGCCAAACAUUAUGAUGAUGGGAGCAGCUGUGAUGAUGGAAAAACUGCCAGAAAUUGUGAAGGUUGUGCUGAGUGGAGUCCUGGCUACCCUGAAACAGAAGGCGUUCAUGAACCGGACGGUGGGGGAGAUCAUGUGGGGCUAUGAGGACCCCCUCAUAGAUGCCAUAAAUGCCAUAGUUCCUGGCCUGAUCCCUUUCAAGGGCAAGUUUGGAUUAUUUGCUGAUUUUAACAACUCCAAUUCAGGACUGUUCACAGUAAACACAGGCAUGAAGAACAUCAGUCAAGUUCACAUAGUGGAUUCAUGGAAUGGGAUGAAGAAGGUGAAUUACUGGAGGAGCAGCCAGUGCAACAUGAUCAACGGGACAGCAGGGGAGAUGUGGCCACCCUUCAUGUCCCCAACCUCCCUGGAGUUCUACAGCCCUGAUGCCUGCAGAUCCAUGACACUGGUGUACGAGCAGUCUGGGAAGUUCAAGGGCGUGCCCACCUAUCGCUUCGUGGCACCAAAAACCCUCUUUGCCAACGGCACAGACUAUCCUCCCAACGAGGGCUUCUGCCCCUGCCUGCAGUCUGGCAUCCAGAACGUCAGCACCUGCAGGCUCAAUGCACCGAUGUUCAUUUCCCACCCUCACUUCUACAACGCUGACCCGUCCCUGGUGGAGGCAGUGGAAGGCCUGAACCCCAGCAAGGAGCAGCACGGGCUUUUCCUGGAUGUGCACCCUAUGACAGGCAUCCCCAUGAAUUGCUCCAUCAAGCUCCAGCUGAACCUCUACAUAAAGGAGGUGUCUGGUAUAGUUCAAACAAAGAACAUUAAGCCAGUGGUCCUGCCGCUGCUGUGGUUUGCAGAGAGUGGAUCCAUCGAAGGCUCAGUGCUCAAGCAGUUUUACACCAACCUGGUGCUGCUCCCAUCUGUGCUGGACUACCUGCAGUACAUCCUGCUUGGGCUGAGUGUCCCACUCAUUAUGGCAGCAGCUGUGCUCAUGGCAAUGCCUAAGAGAAUGGAUGCUGAGAAGAGCCCCAGUGCCCCUGGCAGGCAGAGCAAAGCUCCCCCCUCCUCCUCCUCUGAGAGCACCCCGCUGCUGCAGGACACCGACCCCCCGAGGCAGGACACGCCCUGACACGCCUCCUGCCCCAGGGACACACACCCUGCCCGGGCACAGCCAGCUGCAGGUAACAGCUCCCUGCACCGCUCCGGGGAGCCCUGCACAGCUGUGGGAUUGUCCCAGCUCAGCGUGGCUGCUCACCCAGAGACCUCAGCACAACGUUCCCUUGUCCCCAUGGGCCAGUCUGAGCCAGGCCCUUCUCUCCGGUGGAAUGAAGAUGGUUGCUGACUGAUCUGAGAAGUUAUUUGCAAUUUAAAACUGCCUAUUGCUAGGGAUAAAAGGCACUUUAAUGGAAGCCUUUAAAAUAAAUGAGGUUUGUAUAGGUAGCACUGAUGGGAUUUAGUGAUCUUUUUAAAAGCCACUGUUCAUCUCACCAAAUGGGGCACGCUGUCCUGGAGCCACUCACAGUUUUAUUGCCACUUGAUGUAUCUGGGCUACACUGCAAAUCAUUUCUGGGUGCUGUCACUUCAGUGAUGUCUCUUCCCACAGAACCUGGAGCCUGCCUGGGGUGGCUCCAGCCUUUGCAUGUGUUGGAGAGUAGAGGUGACUUUCAAAGCCCCAGUUCUGUGCCAUGACCUUGUGCUCCACAGAGGUUCCAGCUCACAGCCCUGUUAUUUAAUCUGCUGGCUGUAGGUGGCUGUGUGAGAUGAGCCUUGGCAGAAGCUCGGUGAUACAUCUGAGCUGUCACUCAGCUCCUGGCAGUUGUCCCUGCUGCCUGCCCAGCCAUCCAGGAUCAGCUCUUCUGGCUGUGGCCAUGGGCACUGGGAGGCUCUCAGGGCCACUGGGAAGCUCUCAGGGCCACUGGGAAGCUCUCAGGGCCACUGGGAGGCUGUCAGGGGGAGCUUGACCCUGUCCUUGCCUGCUAAUGAAGAUAUUUGUGCUUUUCAGAAGGAGGAAUAUGUGCAAUCAUGAAAAUAACAAUGGCCUUAAGUAGGGUUUGAUUAAAGUAUUGCAGAUUUGUGAAA